CGUAGUGCACCUCGUCGAUUUUCAUUGACGUAUUUGUCGUUUCGCACAUUCACGACUGGGCACGCAAUCGUGUCGCCCGAGAGACGUCACGGAAAAGGGAUCUCGGCUCCAGGAAACCGGCGGCAUCCGCUCGGUUUUUCUUAACAGCGGCGCGAACAGGUUGAAGAAGCGUCGUCGGCCGCAACCUAUAUUUUUGUACUCCAUGGAAGGGCCAUGUAACCUCUACCAGUGAAGUGUAGCAAAUGGAAGGUUUUAAGGUGAAAGAUGAACCGAUGGAUGCAUUAGCCAUAGACAGUCAGGUUAUGGUAAACCCUUUGAUGAGAACAUUGUGAGCGUCGUGCUUAAGGAGGAACCAGGUGAUAGAUUUGAUCCCGACUACAUGGACGAUAUUUGCUCCGGCACUUUCGAGAAGGGCACCUUAUUCUUGCCUAUCGAAAACAAUGAGGUGGAUUUCUCCAACGAAAUGUUUCUGAAAUUGUUGCAGGUGAAGUUAGAGCUAGAAGGAGAAUCCACCAGUCAUCAGAACUGGACGGCACAGAUAGCGAGUGCUAAUUUGUGCGACAAGGAAGAUGGUAUGAUGCAACGAUGCUUGGCCAAUGCAAAUUUUUUACCGACGCAGGAUCCGGACAAGCAUCAUGGAUUCUGCCAGAACGGACAGCAGCCCAAGUAUUACAAGUUACAGUGCUCAAUCUGCAAGAAAUGGUUCUUGAACAAUGACUCCAUGGUGACGCACCUGAGAAUGCACUGUAGCGGAAGUCAAUGCGAGGUUUGUCAACAAACUUUUCCCGAUAACUCUAGCCUGCAUGCCCACUUGUUAACUCACGUUGGAAUGAGUCCGUUAGAGUGCAACAUCUGCCAAAAAAGAUUCGCUUAUAAGGGGAGCUUAAGAAAUCACAUGCAAUUACACGUAUUGGAUAAACCGUACGACUGCGACGCAUUGCAGCAGGCUAUCAUGAAGCGAGCCGGUAUGAACGAGCAGUUGAUGCACAUGGAAGAGAGGCCGUUCGAGUGCGACGUGUGCCACGCGACGUUCAAGGAGAAAGUCAAUUUGAAUCGGCACAUGUCGAUCCACACAGCCGACAGGCCCUACAAGUGCGAGAUCUGCUUCGCGGCGUUCAGGGAGAAGGUGAAACUCACCAUGCACAUGCCACUUCACACGGGGAACAAACAUUUCAAGUGUACGCUGUGUCACAGAGCGUUCACGCAGAAGACCGCGCUGAACAACCACAUGUUGGCGCACAGUGGUGAGAAGCCGCACGCGUGUAACAUCUGCGAGAAAACGUAUAAAAGAAAAUCAGAAUUGAUCAGGCACACUAUGGUCCAUACUGGCGAACGGCCGUACGAGUGCAAGGAGUGCCUGAUGACCUUCCGCGAGAAAGCCAAAUUGAAUUCUCACAUGUUGGUCCACACUGGUGAGAAGCCACACGAGUGUCAUAUCUGUCACAAAGCAUGCGCACGAAAAUCAGAUUUGAACAGCCACAUGCUGCUGCAUACCGGUGGCCAGUACGAUUGCAAGGUCUGCGACAAGAUCUUCACCAGAAAGUCCGAUUUGAACAGACACACUUUGAUACACACCGGCGAGAAACCGUUCGCGUGCAAUAUGUGCGAUAUGGCAUUCAGAGAGAAGACGAGAUUAAAUUCGCAUAUGCUCAUACACACGGGCGAUAAACGGCACGCGUGCCAUAUCUGUCAGAAAACGUUCAAGGAAAAAUCAUCGUUAAGAAAACACAUGCUAAGCCACACCGGCGAUAGACCGUACGAAUGCUACGUGUGCCACAAGGCUUUCACACAGAAGUCCACAUUAAACAGUCACAUUCUGGUACACGCCGGUGAAAGACCCUUUGAGUGUUGUAGUUGUCACAAAAUAUUCAAAGACAAAGCAACGUUGAAAAAACACUUGUCGAUGCACGUUAACGAAAAAACACACGAAUGUCUUAUUUGUAUGAAAAAAUUCGCCCAUAAAGCAGCAUUAAAUAGUCACCUGUCCACGAGCCACUUGUCCUAACUACACGGAUCUAGUCUAUUACGGCUUUCUGUUUCUUUACAUUGAGCACCGUAUAUUUGUAGUUGUAUAGCAUAUUUCCAUGAUUACACCUAUAUCUGUUUUAUAUGCCGAUAGGUCCAAUAAAAUCGUAUUUUUUCCUGUGUAUGGACAAACAAUAAAUUAAUUUCUAAGUAA